CAACCACUACAUUUGGAAAGCCCCAAAACAUGAUGAUGGCGACUUGUGAGAAAGGCAGCACGCUAUUGCGAGAAGGCGUCGUUGCGUGGUACGUGGCCCGGGAUCACCGAGUCCGACGGUCAGCACCGCAGCAAUUGUCCAACUCCGAAGCCGACCAACUCCGACUGCUCAGAGCCAUCCAUCACCCGGGGAGCCUGCUCCGCGAAGCCAUGUUCAUCUACGCACGGCUUACUGUCUGCGUGAGAGGCCUUCGGACCCGCCAAACCAAUAGGAUUCCCGGGAUGAUGGCCUUCUCGCUCCAUAUCAACACGACACGCUGGCUCGGCUCGCCUUCCUACCACGAGCAUUGCGUGCAAAAGCUUAUCCGUGCACACACACUCUCUUUUCAAGUCCAAUACCUGGCUCACAGCCAGCAUGUUCCUCUGAUCCGUUCCUUGCCACUCUUCCCAGCGCGAUCAUACUGAUACCCUCAUCUACGUGACAUUUUCCUUUCAGAUUUCCCACUGUUGCUGUCCGCCACCUAUAGAGUUCCGACGAGAUAUUCCAGACCGCCGUAUGGCUUCACGGACAACGACCGCGCCCCCGGUUGAGGACGGGGGCCUGCUGAUCUCUGAGGAGGCGCCUCUACUGUCCGGUGAAGCCACUACGGCUGUCAGAGACAAGUGGCGUGUGGUGGCUGGGGCCUUUGUUGUGCUCUUCCUGAUAGAGUUGGCGGUCGGAAUUUCCACGCCGGCGUGGAAUGCCCUCCUCGAGGAGGGCCUGUGUGCCGAGGCCUACCCGGAAACCGCCAGCUUCCUUGCUGCCGCCAGCGACGACAACCCGCUAUGCAAGGACCGGGCCGUCCAGGGGACAUUGGCCCUGUACCGCGGUUGGGCUUACGCCCUCGACUGCCUGCCAACUAUCCUGCUUGCCCUCCCAUAUGGCUCGCUCUCGGACCGUUGGGGUCGGAAGCCCAUCGCGAUACUGUCCAUCAUCGGGCUCACACUCGGCAUGGUUUGGUAUGAAAUUGUGUUCUAUUUCCUACUGCCAAUGUGGACGUUUGCUCUCGGGUUUGUCUUUAACCUCAUCGGAGGUGGCUCCGCCGUCGGAAUGAGCAUGAUAUAUACCAUGUUAGCAGACGUACUUGACGUUGAAGAAAUGACCCCAGUCCUGUUCAGGUUUCACUCCGUUUUCCUCGUUGCGGAGCUGGUCGCCAACCCCCUGGGCGGCCUCCUGGUAGGCCAGGGACCGUGGCUCGCCCUCGUUGUCGGGAAUGUCUUGAUGAUUCUAGUCAUGGGUUCGAUUUGCAUAUUUCCAGAGACACUUGCGGUGCGCCUGUGGCGUGAUGAGAGGGCCGGGAGGGUGCCUCGCCCCCAGCUCACGCCAUUGGGGGCCGAUGAUGGCGAUGAUGGUGACGAGCUCAAGAAGCCCACCACGCAGGCCGCACUCGGUGGUGCAUGGGCGCAGCUGACGCAAGUAUGGGAGUUCCUCGUCGGGAACCGGCGCCUCGUGGUGCUAAUGCUGCCGCUCAUAUUCGUAACACUCGGGAAGUACAUACAAGAGAUGCUAUUGCAGUACGCAAGGAAGCGCUUUGGAUGGUCAUGGAGCAAGGCAGCAUACUUCCUCACACUCAAGUCCGCCAGCUUCAUCGUCAUGCUCACGGUCAUCCUGCCCGCCCUGUCGUCAUUCUGCCUGGGGACACUUGGGAUGUCACGGCUUUCUACCGACAUGUGGCUCUCGCGCUGGUCGGGCGUGGUGCUGGUCGUGGCGGACCUCGCGAUCGCCUUGUCCUCCAGCCCCGCCCUCUUCGGCGCGGGCCUGGUGCUCCUGUCCGGAGGGAGCGGGCUUGUACCGCUGCUGCGGUCACUGCUGAACGCACAGGUUGAGCCGCAUCACGUCGGCAUCCUCAACACGCUCCUGGGGUUCCUCGACACGCUUGGGGUUAUGAUCGGGGCGCCGGUGUUCAGCCAGUCUCUCCGCAAAGGCAUCGAGCUCGGAGGGCCCUGGAUCGGGCUGCCAUUCCUGGCCGGCGCCGUCAUCUCGUGCUUUGCGGCCGGGAUGUUGUGGCUCUUUAGCAUCCCGCCACAGGUGGAAGGGAGUGCCGGCCAGGGGGGUCAGGCGUGAUGGAGAGAGAUGUCAGUCCAUCUGACCCCGCGCUCGGACGCAGACGCAGGCAUGGCGCGACAUGGCGACGAGUGACGGGACAUGAGAUGAUCAAGGCGGCAGGAGGCUGUCAGUAGGGUGGGACGGGCGCGGAGUCUAUUGGGGCGAAGGAUUGUGACGAAGCUAGAGGGAGGGCACUUGAGGGUGGCAGCCUGGCAGCUGGCAGGUGAACCCGACGGGAUGGGUGCUCGACCGGGCGGUCGGGCAGUGCGGGAUUGCUGUGGACAGGGCGUCGGGGCGAAGGGUCGGAGCGCAAGUGUUUGGGCGGAGGGACGGCGGAGAAAAGAAGACGUUGGACGUGGUGCUGCGGUGGAGCUGGGCCGGAGAUUUACUGACGAAACACGGCUAGUCUUGUUAAAGUACAUGUCGUCGACGACGUCCAGUUCGUAUGGGAAAUUGCCUGCUGGGCCUGGCUGGCUGGCUGGCCUGUCACGGGUCUGGUGGCUUCCCACGCCGGGCGACCAUUGCUACCCUAGA